UGGUUCUGUCACCCGAGUCAUCGAAGGAUCCGGCGCCGCUGCUGGCACUGCAGACGCCGCCGCCGCGCCAGCGCCGGGUUCUGGCGGACGGCCGCCCAGGGCCGCGCAAGUCCGUCCGCUUCGGGCCGGCGCUGAGCCCCGAAGUGUACGAGGAGAACGCGCCGCCGUCGACGCCGCUGCGCCGAGGCACGCCGCUGCAGCCUGCGCGCCGCACGGCCGGCAUCCUCCGCCGCGGCGGGUCCGAGUCCGCCAUGCAGCUGACGCCGCACCCGGCGGCCGGCCGUGCGGGCCUGGGCUUUGGUGAGCUGCUGCAGCCGCGCCAGACCCGCCGAGCCACCAUGAACCGCUUCCUGUCGACGCUGUCGUCGCUCGACGAGGGAUAUGCCCCCGAGGAGGGUUGCCUGGCUGGCCUGUUUGGCUACGAGUCUGCCUCUGAGUUCCCCGGCCGCAUCGGCGGCAUGGUGGCUGAAUCCCUGGCCAAGGCCAAGGAGGAGGUCGAUGAGCCGGCUGGCGUGCUUGUCCCUGAGCCGGCUGGCGUGCUUGCGCCCGAGCCGGCCGCUGGGCUUGCGUCCGACCAGGCGCCACAGUCUGCGAGAAGGCGCCGCAGCGUGCGCCUAGCGCGCAUGGACCGACGUGUGACCCUCGACUCAAUGAAGUUGGAGCCAGCGACGCUCGACGCGGACUCGCCGAGGCUAGUUGUGCGCACCAAUGCGUCGCGCCUCGACUACUUCUCGCCAGUGUCGACGCCCCCGCGCCCAAGCCGCCUGCGCCCAGCAGUAUGCGCCGACGAGUCCCCGGCCAGCGGCGUCAAGCGUCGAGCGCGUGCUGAGCGCCGUCGCACUGCGCCUGUGAUGAUGGACUUUAGCGCGUCAAUGGCCGCCAUGGCCGCUGCGCUUGGCGAGGACAUUCCCCCGAUGCCGGUUGCCGCCCAGGCGAAGAAGGACGACCAAAAGCAAGAGCAACAGCAACAGCAACAGCCAGGCGCUGAGCACGACCACAACCACGAGCUGAAAAUCCAACACAACGCCGAAGAGGACAUUUCUGAGUCGCCGUCGUCGCAGCUGCCGCUGGGCGGGUGGCCGUUGGGCUUGGCUGACUCGAUGUACUUGCAGCUGCAGAUGAACAGUCCCGUCGAGCCCGCGCACUCGGCCAUGCCGCUGCCCUUGAUGCCAUCACGGGUGUCCUCGUCGGAGCUGCUCCUGCGCGAGCAAGCCGUCCUGCAGGCCCGCAUCGCCAGCCACAGCGCCGCGCCUGACGCCUCAUCUAAUGCUGCUGCCGGCGGUGUCAGUUCUGACGUGCUCAACGAAGCCGUCACGCCGGCCGUCCGCAGCCGCGACCGCCGCCAGACCACCACAGACAUUGAGCCGCUUUCGGCAGACGAGGAUAUUACCCAGAGCACCGACGACCUUUUGGCGCACAGGCAGCGAUUGCGCCGCAUGCAGGAGCGCAAGCGCCGUCGCCAGACCAUUGCUGACAUCAAGAAGCGCCGGUCAUCGUGGCUCGGCUGGGUGCCUGCGCAGACACCGCCUCGCUCGCCGGCCACGCUGCCACCGCCAGCCACUGCUCAGCCGCCGCUGCUGUCGCCACCGCAGUCACGAGCCCUGGCCUCCAAGUCAGCCGGUCAUGCGGCCAACCAGCCAACUGCUGCUGCCGCCGCCUUUGAUUUUGAACUUGAAUUUGCUGCAAAGGGGGGCAGUGACGACGCCGCGCCUUUCUCUUCACCAACCACCCGCAAAUCCACAUCCACUAUGUAUCCCCCUCCUGCCGCGAAGAAUACGCCUGAGCCGCGCAAGAAGCGCCGGCUGACCGAGUAUGUUGCCUCUGCACUGGGCAUUGGCUCCCCCGAGCCUCGUGCCCUGCCCGCCAAAAACGACGACUUUGCAUAUCCACCGCGCCCUGAGCCUAUCGACGCCAACUGGGAGCACGUAGAGCGCAAGGCCCUCAACGGCAUCGGCAACGCCACUCCAUCGCCUGCUGCUGGGGAAGAGCCAGUUUCGGCGUCGCAGCCUGUCGAGCUGUUUGCUGUCACCCAGCCCAGCAGCAUUGCCAGCAGCAGCCCUAGCAUUGCCAGCAACAAACGGCACCCGCUUCGUCGCAACACGGCUGCCAACAACAGCAGCACCAGCAUUGCCAGCAGCAGAAGCGCCAGCAGAGGUGCCAGAAACGGAGGCAGCACCACCGCCGCCACCACCACCACCAGCAGAAGCAGCAGUAUUUCCGCCAUUCCUUCUUUGCGCCGAGGACCAUCAAGUGCUUGGACACAGCAUCGGCAGCCCCCUGCAUCCCAGCCGGCCAACCCACCUGUUCAGCGCAGUGCAGCAAUCUCCGCAAGAAUAUCCUUGUCGGCCAAUACCCGUGCAAAACCUGUGGGAGGGGCAACAUCUGCUGUGCAUGCGAGCGCUAUUAAUAUUGCGAGCGCAUCAUCUGCAUCCGAUUCCAAUCCCAGUCCCAGUCUCAGGCGCAAUCCCAAUAUGAAGGCACAUGCAUCGUCCAAUAUACAGAGCGACCAUGUGGGACAGCGAUCGACAAGGGACAAUAAUAUCCAGGCUUUGCAGAAUCCCCCCCGUGUUUCGACAAUUGGCACCCAGAAACAGAGACAGAGCCAGUUAACGACGCCCGUUCGGAGGCCGGCUUCUAGGAAUAGUAUUGCUCCGUUAGUGUCCCCCAUCAUUACUCGCAGCGCGAGGAAGCGCAAGACUGCAGAAGGGCCCGCGAUUCCCGAAAUCACGGCGCCAUCGCUCGAUUCCCGCACUCGCACUCUCGCUUCGAAAGCCGCCUCGGCCGCCAAUGCUGCGUCCAAUUUGGCCUCCAAUGCCUCUGCUGUGUCUGUCUCGGCCUUGCCUGCUGCCGCUGCAAAAAGAGCACAUCGGCCUUCUGCUGCAACCCCAACAACGUGCAAACCAAAGCUACCGCCGCCCCCACGGCCAUCCAAGCGCACCAAGCGCUCGUAAUUAUAUUUAUUCUUUUUUACAUUUCCAUCU